ACAAGAAUAUGAAUGUAGCAACAACCGUCAGCGUGAACAACAGCGCGAACGAAUCCGUCGACCCGGAAAACAUCAUCCCCCGCAUCGCCCUCAGCGGCUGGCUUGGCUUCGUGGGCGUUGUUGGAUUCUUCGGAAACCUCCUCAUCGUCAGCGUGGUCGUCAUUUACCCGAAACUCCGCACGAUCACCAAUGUUUAUGUGACAAGCUUGGCGAUGGCGGACAUGAUGACAUGUCUCACGAUCCCGUUCACGAUUGUCGGCGUGGUGUCGACCACGGGUUGGCCGUUGUCGGACGCGUCCUGCGUUCUCGUCGCCGUCGUCUCAUUCGUUUGCACGGGAUCCAGUGUUUGGCAUUUGGCCAUCAUUGGAUUCAACCGCAUGGUCCUGAUUACGAUGACGUCAUCAAGAUAUCGAAAGAUCUUUUCAAAGUCGCACGUGUUGAUUUUUCUGCUUGUCACAUGGUUUAUCCCACUGAGCGUGAUCCUGGUGCCUUAUCUUGGAGGUUUCACCCGUCUAGGAUAUUCCGAUGGACCGCACACCUGUUCAGACAUUGAAGAAAACGAAGAUGGCUCGGAGAAUCUAAUCCACACCUACCUGCAGGCAACGUUCUUGACGUGUUUCCCACUCGCCCUCGUUCUCUUCUUCUACUUCCGCAUCUUCAUCUUCAUCCGCAAGCAUGAAAGGAACAAGAACACAUGGAAGACCAAUUCAUUAACCAGAGAAAGUGUCCCUCCAUCGUUUGGGCGAAAAUUGGCAGCCGACACUGCGGGGACAAGUCAGUCCAUGACUCCGAUAGGAUCGAACGAUGCUGCAGUACCAGGAGCCAGUUCUGUCAAGGAGACCGCACAGACGCUCUCUACGUCAGGAAAUAAUAAGGUCAAUCCCACCGCUGCCACCAAAAACAACAGUCGAAACUCGCUUGAGUACAAGAUCACCAAGAAUGCCUUCUACGUGGUCCUUGGUUUCCUCCUGUGUGUGAUUCCCUACGGUAUUUGUAUCCUAGGUGGGUAUGGACCAGGUGGUACGCCGUUGGCGUUGGCCUUUCUUCUCUUCAACAGUUGCCUUAACCCCCUUAUCUAUGGAACCAAGCAUCCGCAGUUCAGAUCUUCUCUGGGAAAGCUGUUUAGAGGGCGCUUCACCGGACCGCUCUUCACGUCGCAUGCCGUUGGUCCUGUCGAUCACUGACAUUACUGAUAUCAAUUUAUGCAGUCGAUGGGCUUAAAGACUGAUGAAUAUUGGAUAAAUGACCUAAUAUUCAGAUCUUCUCUGGGAAAGCUGUUUAGAGGGCGCUUCACCGGACCGCUCUUCACGUCGCAUGCCGUUGGUCCUGUCGAUCACUGACAUUACUGAUAUCAAUUUAUGCAGUCGAUGGGCUUAAAGACUGAUGAAUAUUGGAUAAAUGACCUAAUAUUCAGAUCUUCUCUGGGAAAGCUGUUUAGAGGGCGCUUCACCGGACCGCUCUUCACGUCGCAUGCCGUUGGUCCUGUCGAUCACUGACAUUACUGAUAUCAAUUUAUGCAGUCGAUGGGCUUAAAGACUGAUGAAUAUUGGAUAAAUUACCUAAUAUUCAGAUCUUCUCUGGGAAAGCUGUUUAGAGGGCGCUUCACCGGACCGCUCUUCACGUCGCACGCCGUUGGUCCUGUCGAUCACUGACAUUACUGAUAUCAAUUUAUGCAGUCGAUGGGCUUAAAGACUGAUGAAUAUUGGAUAAAUGACCUAAUAUUCUUCUGUCCAAUGGCUGAACUUUUCGUAUGUGUCGAUUGUGAAAGUUCCAAACAGCGUGGAUGCAUGACGCCACUACAUCACAUCUUAUCAAAUGCACAUGAAGAUAAGAGGAAACUAGAUGCUCAUCCCCUUCCCCCCGCGCGCACACGUGCACACACCCUCACGAAUAAACACAAUGGCCCGUAUUCUGAACUCAGGGGAGCGUUUCAUCAAUAUUUUCAUCCGACAAGUUGUCAGAUCUGACAUCUUUCCAUGAUUUUGAUUGGCUGAGAGGCACUGUUCCUAUGGUAACUGCCGGUGGGUGUUUCAUAAAGCUGUUCGUAAGUUAAGAGCGACUUUAAGAACGACUGGUGAUCCUUUCUUGUGGUAAAUUAUAUAUUGAAUUGACGAUUGUUUAGCGCGUAAGAAGGUUUCACCAGUCGUUCUUAAAGUCGCUCUUAACUUACGAACAGCUUUAUGAAACGCCCCCCGGGUUUGAAUUAAACAUUGGUUUAAAAUUGUGGUAUAAUUAUGGAGAGCAAAUUGGGGCACAAAUCCCUAACAGAACACGAUCAAUUUAUUAACUCACAUGAUACCCAAAUUGUUCAUAAUUGUCUGGGUAUGAUAACUGAAAUGUUUUUCCUACCUAUGAAAGCAAAAUAAAACAAAAUAGUUAACAUAAAAAAUAUACAUACAAACAUAAUUUUUGGCUCCCCAUAAUUCUAGCAGAGUUAGACUGCGGUCUAACUUAAACCUGACUUCAGUAUAUGGGCCUAUGAAUUAAGUAACUGCCUUUUACGCAUUUUCAUACGCAUAACCGACGUGCCUGUUGAUAUAAAGUAGUUUUUCGUAAUAGUUUUGUUAUAUAAUGCAGAAUAUUGUGAGAUAUAUGCACUCAUGGUGUAAUUGCAAAUCAAUAAUAAAAACAAUUGAU